GGAGGACUCGCACGUGUACUGCGCGUUGAGGGAGCCAGACGGAUACACCGCUAGGCUGGCUGUGCUGGAUGACUGUCCCAGCUUUGCUGCCGUAGCUGAUUAUGUGGCCAGCACACUCAAGACGGAGACCAGCUACUGGGUAGGAGGGACCGACCUAUUCGAAGAGGACCGUUGGUUCUGGAUCAACAAGGCUGAGGUGGUGAGAGGAGCGCCCUUCUGGGAGACGGGCCAGCCGGAUGGUGGUACCAAAGAGAACAACCUCAUUCUUAACCAUCGAGGUCGACUCGAAGAUAGACACCCAUCGGAGCUCCUACCGUUCAUCUGUCAGCUCAAGUGAUCUUCCGGCUCCGUUCUGGUGUAUGGCUCAACAACACCAUUAUAUUAAAUCUGACAGACUUUAUAAUCCUCAAUCCUGGUCGUCUACAAUCAAGACUUUCUUUGCAUUAUGUGUCUUUAAACAAACUCUGUUCUGCUUUGUGUUAGGUGUAAUUACCUAUUUAUAAUUACUUAUCUGUAGCUACAGAAGCAGAGCUUUCUUCGUGGUGUCCAGUCGUCAAUAAUUUCUUUAAUAAUUCUUUUAAAAUGUCCACUGUGUGUGGAGUUAUGUACUAUUGUUAUCGCUAUUCCCCUCACUAUCACCAUCACCCCAUCUUCACUCUUCACAUGUGGCAGAUUUCAAUAAAAUACAUGCCUUGAA